UUAAUUGAUCCUUAUUCAUUCGGAAGAGGAUUGUGAGUGGUGAAAAUAUUGAAUGGAUCAAGGGUUGCCAACAAGUCUUAACCCAAACAAAAUGUAAUACGAAUAAAGAUUAUAAUUUUUUGUACCUUCUCUUUUUUGUAAGAUGGAAAAGUGCUGUUUUUUGUCAAAUGGAUCUUGUCAUCUUCUUAAACACGCCCGACCCUAGGACAGGUAGUAGGAAUGUCGGGAGGAACACGUUUGAGUUUGGAAGGACUUAUGUGGUGAGGCCCAGAGGAACCCACCAAGCAACUAUUGUUUGGUUACAUGGCAUUGGUGAGACGGGAUCAAGUUGGUCACGGUUCUUGGAAUCUCUGCCUCUUCCAAAUGUCAAGUGGAUUUGUCCAACUGCCCCAACUCGUUCUGUAGCUUUACUUGGUGGAUUACCUUCUACUGCAUGGUUUAAUGUUGAAGACUUGUCGAACGAUUCCAAUGAUGACGUGGAAGGAUUAGAUGCGUCCGCAACACAUAUUGCAAAUAUGUUGUCUAAUGAGCGAGAUGACAUUAAACUAGGUGUUGCAGGAUUCAGUAUGGGGGCCGCUAUGACUCUCUACUCUGCUACAUGCCGUGCUCUAGGACAAUAUGGGAAUGGAAAUCGAUACCCAAUCAAUCUCAGUGCGGCUGUGGCUCUCAGUGGCUGGCUCCCAUGUUCCAGGAUCGUGAGGAGCAGGGUGCUUGUAUCACAAGAGGCUGCAAGGCGUGCAGCAUCACUUCCUAUUUUGGUCUGCCAUGGACAAGUUGAUGAUGUUGUAGACCACAAGCAGGGCGACAAAUCUGCACAAACUUUACGUGCUUCUGGAUUUCAAAACUUAACAUAUUGUACCUACAACGGGCUUGGUCACUACACGACCCCAGAAGAAGUUAACGAUGUUUGUCGUUGGCUCGUUGCACGAAUGGGGCUCAAUGGAUAUGGCACUUGAGUUUUCUUCCGUCUUAAUGCAAUGAGAGACGAAGAAAACCAUAUACGUAUUGUUAGGAGUAAAUUAAAAUAAGAAGCAUAAUAAGCUACUAGACUAAUUAAGCGUAAUUAGAAUGGGGUAAUACACGGCUACUAGUUGGAUUGCUUCCAUUUGAUAAAUGGAUUCUAAAUAAAAAGUUGUGAGCUUGAAAUAAAAAGAACAAACAUAUUUUUGGGCACAAAGACAGAGGAUUGAAGCAAAGGAAUGAGUGACCCUAGUGCAUUAAGAGACUCGGCUCUAUAAGAGUCUGGAGCAAUUCAUAUUCAUUCUUUUGAGAAACCAUAACUUUACAACCUGAGCUUCUGAAAUUUAAAAAGAGAAAAGGUUGAAGAUUGUCUUUGUGGAAAUGUCAUUCCUAAUAUUGUUUGUUCUUUUGUUGUUGUAAUAUGUAUGAUUUUAUAAAUUAAUGAAGUUUUAUAUAUAUAUGA